AUGCGGACAAACGGGAAGGCGCAGGAGGCCCUGCAGGAGCGCUACCGCCUGGGUUCCCUGCUGGGGCGCGGCGGAUUCGGCAGCGUCUGCUCGGCGACGCGGCUCUCGGACGGCACCCCGGUGGCCAUCAAACGCGUGCCGCGGGAUCGCAUCCGGCACUGGAGCGAGCUGCCCGACGGCACCAGCGCGCCCCUGGAGAUCGUGCUGCUGGCCAAGGUGUCCUGUGGGUGUGCUGGUGUCAUUCAGCUGCUGGAGUGGCUUGAGCUCCCCGACAGCUUCUUGCUGGUGAUGGAGCGUCCAGAGCGGUGCCAGGAGCUCUCGGGUUUCCUGGCGGAGCGGAGGUUCCUGCCGGAGGAGGAGGCGCGGGGGCUGUUCCGCCAGGUGCUGGAGGCCGUGCGGCACUGCACCAGCUGCGGGGUCCUGCACAGGGACAUCAAGCCUGAGAACAUCCUGCUCAACCUGGCCAGCGGGCAGCUGAAACUGAUUGACUUUGGCUGUGGCGCCUUCCUCCAAGACACAGCCUACACCCAGUUUGCAGGAACCCUGGCCUACAGCCCUCCAGAGUGGACCCAGCACCAAAGCUACCAUGGCGAGGCAGCGACGAUCUGGUCCCUGGGCCUCCUGCUGUACCAGCUGGUCGUGGGGAAGCACCCGUUCAGGAGGGGCCAGGAGAUCAUCUGGGGGCGCAUCUUGUUCCCAGCACGGCUCUCUCAAGAGUGCCAAGAUGUCAUUAAGCGGUGUUUGUCCAUGCAGCCCUCGGACAGGCCAUCAUUAGAAGAGCUUUUCUGCCAUCCUUGGGUGCAGGGUGCUCCUCGGCCCUAGAAGAUGGGAGAGAUGCAUGUGCACAGUUGGAUCCAGGGGCCUGGCAGGUACCAGCUCCACACAUCUCUUGGCACUCAGUGGCAAAGCAAACCAGACUGGUUUUGUCCUGCCUGUAGCUCUGAGCAGGGGUCAGCAGAAGGGAACAAGCAGCUCUUGGGCGGGAGCUGAGCUGGAGAUCUGGUGUGGCAAGCACUGGUGGCCACCAUCCCCCCGGUUUGUUUGUCUGGUUCAUGGAUGGCUGGGGCCCUGGGCAGAGCCCUGACAGCCUGGUCUGUUCCCAGGGAAGGAGAAGGAGCUCCUGGAGAAGCUGUACCAGGUGGGGCUGCUGCUGGAGACAGCAAGGACAGCCUCAAGGAUGACAGUCUCUUCCUUGGCCUGGCCAGCUGAAGAAGAUGGACUUGGAUUCUGGCACCUUCUCUAAAGACACACUCCACACCCAAUUUGCAGAGGUGCCACAAGUGGGCCAAAGCUGGCGAGUGGGCCGUGUCCCUGAGGCAGUGCAGUCUGGAGCUGAUGGAUGGAGAAUUGCCUUUCUGCACUCCCAAACCAGAGGAAAAAUCUAAAACAUGCUGUAAAAAAAGAGUGUCCUUUGCUCCUGGUUCCCAUGCGGAGCAGCUCCCUUCCUGCUGGCUGAGCUGCUCAGGCAGAGCCCGGCAGCUCCUGGCCAUGCAGGGCUGAGGCUUUUCCCCACUGCUGGGCACAGACUGAUGGAGCAGCACUG